AUGGCUACUAUGCACAACGCAAAUAGUCACACAAACACACACAAGACACACACACACACACACGCAGUCGAAAGGAUGUUUCCAGUGACGGGCUCGCCGAAAUGCGUUGCUUUCCGAUCAAAGCAUACCCGCAAGUACCUAGGUAGCGUGCAAGCAGGGAGCGAGGAGAGCGCCGGCGGAGGCAAGUUCUUCGAGGAGCUGAGCCACGGCGCCGACGACGUCGAUGUCCUUGCAAGCCCGUACACUAGAUUCUACCUGGAGCCAUCCAAGGAGCACGACGGGCUCCUGCACGUCAGGUGCUGCCACAACAACAAGUACUGGGUGGCCAAACAUGUCGGUGAAGGCAGCGGCCACUGGAUCAUUGGCAUCGUCAAUGAACCGGAGGACGACCUGUCCAAGCCGUCAUGCACGCUUUUUGAGCCCAUCCCUCUCGCGGACACGGACAAUAAUCUAUCCAUCAGGUUCUUCCGUCCUCAGCAGACAACAAGCUCUGAAUCUGAUAUGACCAAGGAAAAGGGGACAACUGAAGAAGCCUACCUGUUUCUGGGAAUCGGAGGGCAUGAAAAAACAGUUGAUCAAGUUAAAUCUCUUCAUGACUUCUCCGCCAUUGAUCUGUCGAAGCAAUUGGUACUACCUAAAUAUGUUGCUUUUAAAGGCGACAAUGACAUGUACCUCCGGGCAAGGAUCAUCCAGAAACGCAAUUACCUGGAAUUCUCAUCAUCUGAUAUUGCAGAUUCAACUGUGGUCAACACUAUUUUCCCCAACUAUGCUAAUGGGAACGUGCGCAUAAAAUCUAACCACUUCAAUAGGUUUUGGAGGCUCAGCCCCAACUGGAUCUGGGCUGACUCGGCCGACACCAGUAGCAGAGACCGUGACACGCUCUUCAGGGUGGUCAUGUUGCCCGACUACAUCGGUCUCCAGAACCUAGGAAACUCCAGGUACUGCAAGAGGCUAACUGCCGAUAAGAAGACAAGCUGCCUUAACGCCGCCGUCGAUACCAUCACCCUUGAAGCAAGGUUACGGGUGGAAGAAGCCGUACUUUCGCGAGAGGUCUAUGGCGUGGAGUUCAAGCUCUCUGAAGCUAGGAUCUACGGCGAGAAGCCUCUUACCUUUCCCAGCAUGACUUCAACCAAUGACACCAACGAAACACAUGCCAAGACCCUGACCCUGAAAUACGAGGAGACGCAGGCCAAGACCUGGAGCUCGACUGUUAGCCUCAAGAUCGGUGUCACGGCCAAGUUAAGAGCCGGGAUCCCGGUCAUAGCAGAAGGGAAGGUUGAGGUAUCCACUGAAUUCAACUCAGAGUACGAGUGGGGGUCAUCCAUUCAGACAACGACAUCACAAGAGGCCUCCUACCAGGCUGUGGUGCCUCCGAUGACCAAGGUGACAAUCAGAGCGGCUGCGACUCAGGGUUCUAUUGACGUCCCGUUCUCCUACACUCAGAGGGACAUUCUGACCACAGGAGAGGUUGUUACCUACAAGAUGGACGAUGGCCUGUUCACUGGUAUGAACAACUAUAAUUUCCAAUUUGAAGCCACACAAGAGCCCAUCUGA